AUGACGGCCAAAUCUUCACGAACGGGCUGGUUGUUGCCUUGCUCUGCCUUCGUGAGUGCCAUCGGGCAACCUGUGGCUAAUGGUAGCCCCUUGACCAACGGAAGAAACGUCAGCAGAAACGAUGAUCUCCCGCCUCGGAUCAGGGCGACUACCGGGAGCCGUCCGACUCUCCCCCGUGGACUUCAGCACAAGGCCACGAGUGGCCGGAAUCAACUCCCGAUCGUUGGCAUCUUUAUCGUCGUUCGAACACGUGGACGUUGUGGAGGCGGUCCACCUGGUUCUGAGGCCUUCUAUCCUGCUGCGGCGGAUCUUCUGGGUGAGCCAGGUGAUACUUCGGACUUCCCGUGCGAGCCGUGGGAAUCUCCCGACCCUUCGUCAUCGACCGGACCGCGUGUCAUCAUCAUCGUGUCAUCAAGAUGCACCCAGCGUCCGCAGAAGAAGGCAAACUUUUGCUUCGUCGUCCAGCGUAGCAGCAUCCUUCUCGAAGAGAAUAUCAUAUCUCGAGUGUGUGGAAACGAAGCUGAGCCCCCAGUAUUUUUCUGCGAAAAUGAGCCAAAGUUAGCUGCAGCGAAAGAAAAUUUGGUGGAAUAUACCACAUCUCCAAUAAGAGAAAAUGGAAAUGGUGAUUUAGAAUUUGCUGGUACAUCUGCAAGCACUAUUUAUCAGGAACCUGACGUUCUUAACGAAACAACGAAGCAUUACAAAAACAAUGAGCCUUUAUCAUCGUCCAUCGGUUUGUUUUCCCCAAAUGUACUUACAGUACUUCUGAAUGCAACUGAAGAAGGAAAAGAUAUCUUGCAAAAGUCGUCGUUUGGAGAGCUCAGUGAAGCAAAGCAACUAUCAUUAGCGGAUAUCAUCGCUAAAUAUCAUCUGGCAAAAGAGAAAAAACUGCGUUCUGGUGAUUUGGAACGAUACGCGUCAGCCAUAACUUCGCUAUUCAAAUUCGAACGCAAGGAAAGUUAUUAUCUUCCUCGAGGUGGAGACCGCCGUAAUCACGGAGGCAAAAUUAUCAAUAAAAUCGGAAAUUUAAAACAGAAAAAACGUAAACUCGAAGAAAGAGAAGAAGAACAUUUAAAAAAAAUUCAAGCUGAUAAACAAACGGGUUGUGAGGAUUUUGUCAGUCAACAAUCUAUUGAAGCAUACGAAUGGCUUGCUCUUAAUGAGGCACCGUGGUCAGCAGUGAUUGACAAAUGGUCAGUGAGUCAUGAUUACCGCAAGAAAUUAUUGGGGCAGAGAAAAUCUAUCAUAAAAAUUUUGAAGGCGUGCCCAUAUUAUAAGAGUUCGCAUGGUUUCCAGCUGAUUGAUAUAGACUUUCGGCUUUUGGCGCUGGGUGCGACUGAUGGUUUGAACAAAUAUAUAUCGGAAAGGGCAGCGGAUCCUUCAGCGAAAACUUUAUUGCAUCUGUUGAGAAACAAUAAUACCAGUGAAGGUGACUCAAAAAAUAGUUAA